GCAGCAUAUAUUUAUUUGCCUACGCUCCUUACGCUGGCUGGUUUAAAUAUUUGUGAGUAGUUUAUUUAAGUUCAUCGUUUGAUUUCGUGAAAAGUGUCUAGUGAAAGAAAUCUGAAUCCAUAAAAGAUGGUGCGUAUCGAGGAUAACGGAGAACCAGGCUGCAAGACUGCUGCUGAAGUGAAUCAACGAUUUCGCAAUUUCGAGGAUCCCACCUCAUAUUGGCAAUGCGCCAUACAGGGUCAGCCAGCCAAAAUAGUGCGCUGUGAACCGAAUAAACUCUACUCAGAGGAGGAACAAAAGUGCAUUGACUGGAAGAAAUGGCAUUGGACGGAUCCAAAAGAGCCCCCCAGCCGGCCUAGUAAAGCUAAUAAAUAAGCAAAAAGCUUAUAAUAAUCAAAUUACUAUAAACAUAAGCAUAAAUAUGUUUGUGAAUUGAGAGAUUUAGAUAAUAAUUGUUAUAGUAAGUGUACAUAAAUUCGUUUUAGAAAAAAGGAACAACAAAAAUAUACAAACCACACAUUCCAUUGAGUUACAUAUGUAAGUAGGAGAAAAUAAAUUCCACUGCUAAUUAAUAAAACGAAAGCAACUAAUUUUUGU